AUAAAUCGAAGUAACUCUCUGCUGGGACUUCCUUUGUCAACAGCAAGUGUGAAGGAGCAGUGUGUUCGAGCUGCUGCGAAUACACAGGCAGGAGAAGGACGACCGGCAUAACAGUAACUAAACAACGUCAUAUUUGCAGUCCAUUUUGCCGUGACCGUCUAAAUUUAGCAUGCACUCUGGAUCAUCACCGUGUUUGUACUGCAGACCAGCACACAUUAUAUGACAAAAGGUGGAUGUAAAAUAAGUGAAGCCUCUGUGAUCAACCUACUGUACAUCCAUGUGUAUAAUUUUCUUCAAGUUUGACCCCCGGCCGGCAUCCAAGAAUGCCUACAGGCUGAUUUUGGCUGCAAACAGAGAUGAGAUCUACAACAGGCCUUCCAAAGCUGCAGACUUCUGGGGGACUAACGGCGAGAUCCUCAGCGGUCUGGACCAAGAGUAUGGAAAGGAAGGCGGAUCGUGGCUGGGGAUCAGCAAGAGGGGCAAGUUGGCGGCGAUCACCAACUACAUGGACGGACGUCCGAACCCGGAAGCACAGGGAAGAGGAUUUCUGGUGUCUAACUACCUGACAGAGAAGGAUAUCGACAGCUACUCGUACCUGAAGAAGGUGUCGACAGAAGGCCACCUCUACAAUGGUUUUAACCUCAUCACAGCCGAGUUCAAAGCCAAACAAGACAUUGUGUGUUACUAUGGAAACAGAGGCAGCCCUGAACCCAUCCGUCUCAAUCCAGCAGGAAUCUAUGGUUUAAGUAACUCGCUGCUGGACACGCCGUGGAGGAAACUGCUGCAGGGUAAACGUCACUUCAGCAGCGUGGUCAGUGACCAGACCCUGUCCCGAGAUGGACUGGUGCAGGAGCUGCUCACGGUCCUCAGUAAUGAAGAACUGAACACACCUGAUCCCGUUCAGGAGAGUCAGGGUGACGGUUACAGCAAGUCCAUGGUCCAAGCUCUUUCAGCCGUGUGUGUUCGCUCCCCUGUUUAUGGCACAAGGACCAAUACAAUAAUCCUCAUAGAUGCAGAAGGGAACGUGACCUUCACGGAGCGCAACAUGCUCGACUGCGACACGAACAAGUGGAGCACCAACUCGUUCCAGUUCAAGCUGCAGGAGUGAAGACAUGAUGGAGGAAACCAACCGUGUGCCUUUCCUUUCCUUCGCCCUCAGUCCGCCUCCUGAGCCUGCUUCACACCAAAGUAGCUGUUUGAGCGGGAGACUCGUCUGCACUUUGUUCUUCACCCAGUCACUCGCUGCCUCAUUAGCAUCAGUGAGAUGGACCAUCUGUGUUUCUGAUUUGAGAUAUGACACAUAAUUUGAAGACGUGUGCUUAUUUAAGAGAUUGCCAAAGGACAUUAGGAAAUAAUUUACCUACAUGUCACAAACCUCUAGAGUUGUGUUGCUUCUGUCACAAAUUGCUGAUGUCCACAACAUGAUACUGUAAUCUUUCAUGAUUAUGUGGCUCAAAUUUUUACCAUUUUCUCUAGAAUGUGGGGUAAAUACGCCCCCUUUUCUCAUUUUUCAGUUUGAAGCUUGAAUUGUUUCCCUCUGAGAUUGCAUGGUUCCAACAAUAUUUUUCUAGAAAAUGUGUAAAGCUAAAUUUAACGCACAAAAACAGUCAUUAGUAUGCAUAUCAUAGUAUUGCAGUGGCCCCAAUUAUUGGUAUGUAAGUAGUUUGGCUCAAUCUCCAUACAACAGUAGUAUUCAGUGGUGGUUCCACCAAAUAUUGGAGUGUUGAUUGUUGACAGUUUCAGGCACUGGAUCUUUGAAUUCUUCCUUGGUAGAGUGAAGCAUUUUACAUACACUUGACAAUAAAGCAUUUUAUUUAAAUACA